AUGGGGGUUCUAGCGGGUUUUGGAAGCGUGCAAAAGAAAUCAAGGCUCCCGUGUAAGUUGCCUUCCCAUCCUCCCCCUCUCCCAUCCUUCCCAUCCUCCCCCCCCCCUCUCCUCCUCUCUCCCAUUUUCCCGUCCUCGUUCGCCCUCUUUCCAGUUGCUCUUGUUUUACUUCACCCCCGUCCCCUUUCUCUCCGCCCCUCAUAUCUCUCUCCCCUCCCCCCUCCGCCCCCGCACCCCCUCUCCCUCCAUUUCCCCCUCCCCCCCUCCCGCGCCCCUGCCCCUCCGCCCAUCAGUUGCGCCAAAAUUCCCUUCCCCUUCCCCCCAAUGUUUGGGGACGUGCGGGACGACCCCCACCACUGCCGCUGUGCGCCAAGGUGCCAUUCUCCUUCCCUCCGAUGUAUGGGGACGUGCGGGUGGACCCUCACCACUGGCUCUGUAGCAACCCUCCUUCUCCCCCAUCCCGGCUCCCCUAUUCCUUCCCCCCACCAGCUGCGCCAAGGUGCCAUUCUCCUUCCCUCCGAUGUUUGGGGACGUGUGGGACAACCCCCACCACUGGCUGCUGGACAAAAGGCGCCCUUAUCCCCCGUUCUUUCCCAUCCCCCUCCCCUAUCGCCCAUCAGGUGCGCCAAGGUGCCAUUCUCCUUCCCCCCAAUGUUUGGGGACGUGCGGGACGACCCCCACCACUGGCUGCGGGACGAGAGGCGCGAGAAUCCGGACGUCCUGGCGCAUUUGGCGGCAGAAAACGCGUACUCUGAUGCGUUGCUGCCUCCAUGUGAUGGAGAUGGAGACAUGGGGUGUGAAGGGGAGAAAGGAGGAAGGGGGGAAGGGGGAGAGCGAGAGGGUGUGUCCCUGCGAGUGUUACUAGAAGGGGAGAUGAAAGCGCGUGUAAAGCAGGAAGACAGGAGCGUCCCUCUAAGGAAGGGUGAUUUCUGGUAUUACACCCGAGAGGAGGAGGGUAAACAGUAUCCCAUCCACUGCAGGAGAGCAGCUGCAGACUCUGCAGCAGCAGCAGAGCAAUCCUGCGAACCCAGGGAUUACUUUUCCGAGAGCAUGGAUGAAGGGGUUCCAGAGGAGGUCGUUUUAGACGAGAACCGAGAGGCGGAGGGGCGGAGCUUUUUCCACAUUGACAGUGUUGCCGUGAGCCCGAACCAUGGGUUGGUGGCCUAUAGUCUCGACACGAGGGGGGACGAGAGAUAUGCCAUUCAUGUUCGGCCUAUCGGCUCUGGCUAUGAUAAUCAAACGCUCUUCUACGUCGCACAGGACGAAAAAGAUCGCCCGUGCUUCGUCAUGCGCCACGUCAUCGGCACGCCGGUGUCGCAGGACGCGUGCGUCUUUUUCGAAAAGGACGAGGCGUUCGACGUGGGGGUUCACCGCGCGUCGUCAGACCGAUUCAUUAUAGUCACGUGUGCGUCGGCUGUUACUUCAUUUCUGCUGGCGAUAGACGUUCAAAGACCGUUCGACCCUCCCAAGCAGCUCGUUCCAAGAGUGCAUAACGUGGAGGUGUAUGGAGACCACAGCGGCUCGCACUUCUUCCUCCUCUGCCGCUCCGACCAGAUGCGCAACUCAGAGCUCCUCGCCCUGCCUGUAAGCCAGACAGACCACAGCGGCUCGCACUUCUUCCUCCUCCGCCGCUCUGACCAGAUGCGCAACUCAGAGCUCCUCUCGCUGCCUGUGCCUGUUGCUGAUACCGCUGCUACUGUUGCAGCUGAGGCUGUAGAGCCCUCGGUGGUGCUGCCGCAUGACCCCAGGGUGGAAUUUGACGAAGCAGCAUACGAGAUCCGGGCCCUCAGGAGCCGCUUUGAAUCGCCUCUCCUCCGCUUCUCCUUCUCCUCCCUCGUCACCCCCCCACCACCGUGUUUGAACGAGACAUGGACACAGACAGACAGGCUGCGAGGAAGGUCGACUGGGUUCGAGUCGUCCCUCCUCCGCUACUCCUUCUCCUCUCUGGUUAUCCCCACCACCGUGUUUGAACGAGACAUGGACACAGACAGACAGGCUGCGAGGAAGGUCGACUGGGUCGGUCCAUCCUUCGACCCCUCGCUCUACUCCUCUCGUCGUCUCUUUCAUCUCCUUCAUCUCCUCUCCUUGCCUCCCAUAUUCUACCUAUCUCCCCAUUUCUCAUCUCUCUCUUGCAGAUCGGUCCAUCCUUCGACCCAUCGCUCUACUCCUCUCGCCAUCUCUUUGCCACUCAAGUACCAACGCAAGCAACCAUGUUCACUCCCUCUCCCCAUCUCUCCCCAUCCCUCUCAACCUCUCCCCAUCUCUCCCAUGCAGGUCGGCGAAUCUUUCAACCCCUCGCUCUACUCCUCUCGCCGUCUCUUCGCCACGGCAAAAGACGGAACUCAAGUGCCCAUCUCGCUCGUGCAUCGCAACAGCCCUUCCAGUGCUGCAAGUGCUCCUACUGACUCUCCUGAUGCUGCUGCCAGCAGUGGUCCUCCCUGGCCCAUGCUGCUCUAUGCGUACGGCGCAUACGAGUGUACAGCAGUGGCAGCAACAGCAGCAGCAGACGGCACUCAAGUGCCCAUAUCACUCGUCCAUCGCAACAGCACUUGCAGUGCUCCCAAUGACCCUCCUUGGCCCAUGCUGCUCUACGCCUAUGGCGCGUAUGAGGUGCCCACGCGCCUCUCUUUCUCCUCUGACCGCCUCUCACUGCUCGACCGAGGCGUGGCAGUGGCGAUAGCGCAUGUGAGGGGAGGAGGCGACUGGGACUACCAGUGGUACCUGGAUGGGAAGCUUUUGAGAAAGCGCAACACGGUGUGGGAUAUGAUUGCGUGCGCCGAGCACCUGAUCAAGGAAGGCCUCACCACGCCAGACCGGUUGGCCCUGGAAGGCAGGUCAUCAGGGGGCAUACCCGUGGGGGCAGCCGUGAACGAACGGCCGGAUCUGUUCCGAUCGGCCGUGGCUGGCGUACCGUUCGUUGAUGUGCUCUCCACCAUGCUGGAUGCCUCUCUACACCUCACCAUCACUGAGUGGGAGGAGUGGGGCAACCCGCAGGAGGAGCAGUACUAUCACUACAUCAAGUCAUAUUCUCCCGUGGAUAAUGUAAGCCUCUUUUCCACACCACACUUACAUACGGUAGCAUGA